AUGGAAACACCACACGCCCCUGCCAGGACGGUGACCCCCGCCUACGAUGACUUCAGCGGAGUCGACCUGAGUGCCUUUGAAAACCCCUACGAUGCUCUCAUAGUCAUGUCGAAAGAUGAUCCAAAGGAGAUCCAGACCCGCUAUUCCACCCACCGCGAAGCCCGCAAUGCUACGCAGAAAGAGAAGCUCCUCUCCCCCGACUUUGCCGGCGUCAUGAUCGAUCCGAUUCUGCUGCGCCUGGAGGAUCCAAGCAUCGAGCCAGGCUAUGUCGACACGAGGAACUGCCUCGUAUUCUGGGCGCGGCCGCCACCCAAAGUCAAAGCGCUGGUGAAGGCAUGCCAGGACAAGCUGAAGGACGUCGUUCCCAACCUCUGGCUCAUGCCCCAAACCUCCCUCCACAUGACGGCCCUCGAAAUCGCGCACUCGCGCACCCCCUCCGCCAUCGACGCCCUCGUCGCCCAACUGCACCACGGCGGCGCCCUCUCCUCGCUCGCCAACCACCCUUCCUCCUCCCCGCCGCGCCACCGCGCCCGCCUCGUGCGGCCCCUCCUCGGCUUCGACGCCUCCGCCAUCGCCCUCAGCUUCGUGCCCGCCGCGCACGGCGAAGGGCUCGUCGACGGGCGCGACGCGGGGGGCCGCGAGCGCGCCCCCGACGCCGACGCCUACACGUACCACCACCUGCGCCGCGACCUGUGCGCGCGGGCGACGGCGGCCGGCGUCGAGGUCGGCAGCCGCUACGUCGUGCCGAGCGCGCAUCUGACGGUCGCGCGGUUCAUUCGUGGGGGGGAUUUUGCGGUCGGGGGCGAGGAGGGGGAGGGGGCGCAGGUGGAUGCGGGGAAGGUGAGGGCGUUGGUGGAGAGGAUUGAGGAGGUGAAUGGGUGGUUGAGGAGGGAGUUUUGGCCGAGGGAGGAUCAGGCGGCCGGGCAGGGGAUUAAGGAGGGGGGCGAGUGGGUGGUGGGCGAGGGGAAGGGGUUGGAUUGUAGGAGGGGCGCGUUGUGGUAUGGGAGUGGCGGGGAGACGGUGAUGCUUGGGGAGGGGUUUUGA